UGGCAUUUUUCUGGGAAAAUUCCUGAGGCCGGGUUCUGAGCCGUACCUCUGAGGCAGCCCUCGGAGCCUCUGGGAGGCUGUGACUGGAUUGGAUUCGUCCACGAGAUAAAAGCUCUCCUGCCUCUUCUCUUAUCUUUUUGAUUCAUACCUCAAUCGGUUGAUGGAUCGACCGACUAUUUACCUAGUUGUUGAUGGAUUGAGUGAUUGAUUGAUUGAGGGUGGAACGGUCGGACCAGGGGCAGGACGGAACACGCAAUCAAGGCUCAAUGGACGGUUUGGACCGUUUGGAUUUUCUUGACGGAGUGAAUCCGCGAAACUCGCCGGAGUCAGAGUCGGCUUGGUGGCAAUCCUUGACGCAUUCGUUCACUAUGGACCCGAUGGGCCCCACGGCCCCACCGUCCACGGCCCCUGGGUCGGUGCCAGGACCCCCCGGCUCCCAAGGCGGCAACCCGGCCUAUCCCUCGUCGGAUGGGAGCAAUCAAUGGGGCGGUCCGGUGGAUGAGGGCAAUUUUGGACCCCGGGACCAGACGUUUAUGUGGCAACAAAACCAUUAUUUGCAACAACAGCAACAGCAGGAUGCUCGAGUGACCGAAUCCGGGUUUAUCUCUGGCUCCACCACUCAACCGCCUUCCAUGUCCGGCCAUGAAGAAGAUAUGGACGGCAAUUAUGUGGGCGGACCGGGUUCAAUCACCGGCUCUUCCCUCUACGAUCUGGAUUCCAUGGCUCAGAGUGAGGUAUCCUCGAUCCAUUCUUCCCAAGGCUUCCACACCGAACCGGACGAUUUCAUUCCCCAAUUGGUGACGGCCUUAGCCGAUGACGAUCAGUAUGUGGUGGAUCAGUGCUUGGUCAAUGUGGAGAAGUUCCUCCGCAAAGACAACUUCUUGAAGGCCAUGAUUCGCUCGGAGCCGUUGAUCAACGCUUUGGUGAUGGCCUUCAACCACGCCAUCGAGGUGCUCAUCGAAGCCAACAACAACCCUACCAAACAAGGUCUGGAUCAGGCCAGUGAUCGAGCCCGGAGUGCGACCAACAUCAUGGGCAAGUUGAGCAAGAUCGGCGAUGGCCGGAAAGCCAUUGUCGUAUUCAAUGCCUUGCCUGGUCUGGUCCAACUUUUGGCGUGUCCUUUAGACCGGAUCAUGUUCCUGGCCAUUGCGGCUGUACACAAUUUGCUGCUAUAUGCCGAGGACGGGAUCAAAGAGUCGGCCAAGAACGGGAUUCGCCAAUGUCAGGGCGUGCAGACCUUGACCAAGCUCCUGAAUCGGCAAGGCCAGGAAAAGCUCCUGGCUAUCGUGACGGACUGUUUGCGAUUGUUGGCGGUGCAAAACUCGCAGACCAAAAAGAUCAUCUUAGAUUGUGGUGGGCCGCAGUUGUUGGUGCAGAUCAUGAAGAACGAGACGUACAAGAGCUUGCUCACCAUGACCUCUCGAUUGCUGAAGGUCCUGUCCGUAUGUCCCAAUAACAAAGUGGCCAUUAUUCAGGCCGGUGGGAUCGAUGCCAUUGCCAAGCAUUUGGGGAACAGCAGCAACCAGACCAAAUCUCAUUGUAUUUGGGCCCUAAGGAAUCUCUCAGACGCUGCCUCCACUAUUAAUGAUGUCAAGUCUCUGAUUGAAUCGUUAGUGGAACUACUCGAACACAAAGACGAACACAUCGCCAUUUGUGCGGCGGGCAUCAUCUUCAAUUUGACGUGCAACAAUGAAGCCAACAAGCUUCAAGUGUGUCAAUCCAACGGGAUCCAAGCCUUAGUGGGGGUCAUCAAGAACCUCGGGACCAAUAAGGAUCUCUUGGAACCCGCCGUGUGUGCCCUUCGCCAUGUGACCAACAAUCAUGUCAAAGCUGAUGUAGCCCAGACUCUCCUUUUGGAGGAAUUGAAUGCCUUACCCCUGUUGAUGGGUCUCUUGGAUUACUACAUGAAGACGCCUCCCUUUCCUCAUUGGCCUUCGAUCAAGGCCAUUUUGGGCUUAUUAAGGAACUUAGCCCAACGACCCGGCAAUCAAUUCAUCUUGCGAGACAAGGGCUGUGUGGUACAUUGCAAGGAUUUCAUGAAAUACCUCGUCGACUCUCUGCUGACGGGAAGACUUUCGAAUCAGCCUGUUGAAAAUGUGCGGCUUCAAGCCGUGAUUGAAAUUGCCGCAGGAGUGAUUUAUGCCAUGUCUAAGGAGCCCCAAAACCGUACCAUUCUUCGAGAACCGCAUUUAAUUUUGAUAUUGAACAAGAUGAUGGGUAGUCCUUCUGAGAAUAUCCAGAGAAUCUCGUGCGGAACCUUGGAAGAAAUCUCGUCUGAUCCCAUGGGAGCGUCCAUGUUGGCCAAAGAAGCAUCAUUUGAGGCCUUAAGGAACUUGUCAAACUCAAAGAACGAGAAGAUCACUGGCCAUAUUCAUGCCAUUUUGUUCAACAUAGAGUCGGUCAAGAAAAUUGGAGCCACCAACUUGAAUCAACCCAUGCAGUCCAACAUCCCUCAACGGAAUCAAAUGCAAGGUGUGCCCAAUCCAGAAAUGUAUCCUCCUCCAUAUGCUACCUCCAAUAUGCCUGGGAAUGUGGCUCAGCAAAGAAAUUUUGGACCCGGCUUUGACCAAGGAAUGAUGAACCAGCCACAACAACAAUUGCAACAUCAUCAACAACAGCAACAACAGCAACAACAGCCUCCACAUCAGCAGGUCCCCAUGCAGCAACAACAACAACUUCAUCCGCAACAAUUUGGGGACAUGAAUCCGCAUCAAUCUCAUCCAACUCAACCGAAUCAAUUCGACAUGGAUGAUAAUAUCGAUUUCAUGGAUAUGGGCUCGGUUAUGUCUCCGGACUUCUCCGCUGGGUUUAACUUCUUUGACAAUAGCUUGCCUUAGCCCGAAGUAAACUGGAUCCUGGCUUCUCCUCGAGGGUCUUCUUCACCAAGUUAGUUCAUGUCUUCAUACAUAUAACAUUCAACGAUCUCAAAGUGCCAAGUAUUCGAGAAAUGUCUCUUAUCAGAAACAACCCCGUCUUCCAAUACCGCUAUGAAAAGAAAUAUUUCUAGUUUUGUACACAAUUUUCUUACGCAUGAAAAUUAUGUUGCCAGAACAUAAUCACAUCUAUCAUAUUCAGCUGUUCUCAAUUAUUCUGCUCGGGUCUCGAUUGUCUCGUGCGUGAAUGUCGAACUCACUGAAUAAACGAAAUGUCCCAACAAAAA